AUGGACGUAGAAAACAGUCAAUACUUUUUGAGUUAAUAAUUUGCAGUUCACACUUAAGGUGCUCGUUGCGUUGAUGUGAAUAAUAAUGUGUUAAUUAGCGGUUCAACAGAUAAAACUGUCAAAAUUUAUUCUUUUAUAGAUAAUAAAUAUGAAAUGAUAUCCGAUGUUAAUUUCUUUGAUGACUAUGUCUACUCUGUCAAGGUUAAUCUCAAAGGAGAUGGAUUUUUCGUAGGUUCUAAAGAUACUCACAUUUACGUUUUAGAUAUAACUGGCAGUCCUUCUACAACUUUAUCUGGCCAUACAGGACCAGUUUGUAGUUUUUCCCAAAUAGACAACGAUACUUUAGUUAGCGGAAGUUGGGAUGGAACUGCAAGAAUUUGGGAUCUUAGAGAAGGCAAAGAAGUUAGAAAGUUUGAAGGUCACUCCCAUGCAGUUACUGUAUUGGGUGUUAUGCAUUUAGACUUAUUAGUUACAGGUUCUUAAGAUAAGAAUCUUAACUUUUUCAGAAUCAGCACAGGUGAAAAGAUUAGAACAGUUAAAGAAGCUCAUACUGAUAUUAUUAGACAAAUAGCUUUUAUUGAAGAUGUUGGUUUUUUGAGUGCUUCAAAUGAUGAAUUAUUAAAAUUAUGGACAUUUGAUGGUGAUUUGAUGUAAUAAUUAACUGGACACACUGCUUUCGUAUUUACAUGCGCUUGUUUAAGUUUUGGAAAAUAUGUUUCUGGAAGUGAUGACUAAUCUAUCAAAAUAUGGAAUGAUUCAACUAACAUCCAAUCUAUUUUGCAUCCAGGUACUGUUUGGAGUGUAACAGUUAAUAAUAGAAACCAUGACAUUAUCACUGCUUGCUCUGAUGGUUCAGUUAGAGUUUUUACAACUGAUCCUUCAAGAAAAGCACCAGCUAUAGAAAUUGAAGAUUUUGAGAAAAAUGCUACUGUUUCUAAUGCCAAAGGUCCCUAAGGACUUCCUCCCGAUGAGUUAGCAAAGCUUCCUGAUGUAAGCUAAUUAAAUUAAUUCCAAGGAAAGAAAGAAGGCGAGCUUAAAAUUUUCAAAAACGGAGGAGUUCCUGAAGCAUAUUCAUGGAAAUAAGCAGAAUAAAGAUGGGAAAAAAUUGGUGAAGUUUUGUCAACUAUUCCUAAAAAAACUUAUCACGGAGAUGAAUUUUUCGCCGCAGGAGAUUAUGAUUAUAUUUUUGAUGUAGAAGAUGAUAGCGGAUUCACAAAGAGCAUUCCUUUUAAUGAAGGUGAUAAUCCUAUGGAAGCAGCAGAAAAAUAUUGUGCAAGAGAAGGAAUAAGUAGAGCAAAUAUUGAGCAAAUUAGAUAAUUCUUAAUGAAAAAUACUAAAUAUCAUUAAAAUUAGGGCAAUUAAAAAAAACCAUAGUAAAAUAUUUAUGCAUAGCAAUAGGUUUAGUAAUAGAAUAAGUCUAGCAUUUACUUCCCUCUCAAUCAAUUUUAAUAUUAUGAAUAAAAGAAUUUGGAGGGAUUAAAAAAGAAGGUGCUUGAAUUUAACGAAGCAUUAAAGGCUGAAAACCAUCCUCUUCACUUGGUGGAAAAGCAAGUAAUUUAUUUCAACACAAUGAUUGACAUGCUUGAAAAGACAAAUAUGUAUCAUACUUCUCGUCUCAACUACAAUGAAAUGGAAGUAUUUACAGUCAAGCUGAUUAACUGGCCAAAGUAAUAUAUGCUUCCUAUAUUUGACUUAUUCCGUAUAUUCGCUCUUCACCCUUAAUCUGAUGCUCUCUUUAGUGGUGUAGACUCUGGGCUUCAUUAUUUUACAGUUAUUUGCGGAGGUUUGAUGUCUGAAGAAAAUAACGAUGUCACCAAAAAUGUUAUCUUAAAGAUUCUUGUCAACUUAUUUAACCAAACUUCAGGACGUUAUGGAAUCUACAAGCACCAUAAGUUUAUAAUUGAGUGUAUUCAGAGAUUAAGAGAUAACUAGAAUGCUAAUUUGCAAACUACAUUAGCUACUCUUAUGUUUAACAUCUCUGCUGAAUACAUCAACAACUAGAAUCACUCUGUUGACGCUGUUACUGCUUAUGUUAAUGAAAUAAUUUUCUUGAUCUAAAAAGAAAAAAAUGCUGAAAAUCUAUUAAAGUAUUUAAUUGCUUGUGGUAAUUUUGCUUUAAAAUCUGCCAACACAGCUAAACCACUUAUUAAAAUUGGUUUAUCUUUUUACUAACCUUAGAUCAAUGAUGCUAAAAUAAAUGAAUGCUUAAACGAUUUAAAGAGCAUUCUAUGA